AUGUGUAAAAAUGUAAACUUUUAUCUAUACACCAAGCGUACCGGUACCGAACUGAUCGAAAACACCACCAUUAAAAUUAUUGUCGUUAAAUGGUCGGUGCCGGUUCAGCCCUAUGUGAAAACGAGCUUGUCUCCAGGCUCCGGCGUGGUCACGUAUUAUUUAACGGAAUCUGGAGUGAUUCCUCCUCUGGAACAGCUGGGAUUCAACAUAGUGGGAUAUGGAUGCAUGACGUGCAUAGGGAAUAGCGGAGGGCUGGACGAAAAUAUCGUAAACGCCAUUGAAAGCAACGACUUGGUUUGUUGCGGUGUCCUUUCGGGAAAUCGCAACUUUGAAGGACGAAUCCACCCAAAUACCAGAGCCAACUAUUUGGCCAGUCCACUCUUGGUGAUUGCUUAUGCCAUUGCUGGACGAGUGGAUAUCGACUUUGAGACCGAACCGUUGGCCAAACGAGCCGACGGCAGCGUGGUGUUCCUAAGGGACAUCUGGCCGACCAGGGCGGAGAUUCAUGAAGUGGAACGCACCUACGUGAUUCCUGCCAUGUUCAAGGAGGUCUAUUCCCGGAUCGAGACCGGAUCGGGCAUGUGGCAGACUCUGGAUGCACCUGCAGUGCUUACAGUUGUGGAUUAA